AUGUUCAAGCGCGUUGGAGAGCAUGCUUUGCGGUGCUCGUGUAAAAGGCCUGUCGUUCGGAGGCAGGUCGCAACCCGCAAGUUUUCAGUCUACAGCAAUUCGAACGCUUCUAUCGCAUCUACUGCGUCUCCAUUAGGAGGACUUACCACGGAGCUGGACCGUAUUGCUCCUCGAUUUGAAGUCUCAGCGUCAAAAAUUACAAUUUUGGACUCGCCGAGCUCUUUUUAUGAAACACUCAAGCACAAAAUCAAAAAUGCGCGCCGAAGAAUAUACCUCUCGACGUUAUAUAUCGGCAAGACCGAACAUGAGCUCGUUGAUAUAUUGAAUCAGGCAUUGCGCGACAAUCCGAACCUUCACGUCUCGAUUCUUACAGAUUGCUUGCGAGGCACACGGGAGACUCCGAACCCUUCAUCUGCUUCACUACUUGCGCCAUUGGUUGAAGAGCAUGGGGAACGUGUUGAAAUUCGCAUGUUUCAUACGCCGAAUCUCACUGGUUUGCGAAAGAAGUAUAUACCACGUCGAAUAAAUGAAGGAUGGGGACUUCAGCAUAUGAAGUUGUAUGGUAUUGAUGAUGAGAUUAUCUUAUCUGGGGCAAACCUGUCUCAAGAUUACUUUACCAAUCGUGUUGACCGAUACCACGUCUUCGAUUCCAAGGAACUGGCCGACUACUAUGGCAAAAUUCACGACGCUGUCUGCCGAUUGAGUUUCCAGGUCCUUCCUGCUAAGAGCACGGCUGGCUAUCAACUAGUAUGGCCUGCCUCAAAUAGUGCGAAUUCACCUUUGGAGAAUCCGAAGGAAUUCAUAAACAAAUCAACUACAGCAUUACACUCGUUGAUCCAGCCUAUAGCUCAAGAAAAAGCUAGUUCUAUGCAUACAACAGACAAGGCAUUCGUCUAUCCAGUGGCGCAAAUGACGCCUCUCCUUCAACCCGACACCUCUACUGAAUUUCCUGCUGUCACUAGCAUUCUCCGCCUACUCACUAGCAUCUCUGCCUUAAAAGGCUCUUAUUGGCUAUUCACUGCUGGAUACUUCAACAUCCACCCUACACUUUCUUCAUUGCUUAUAGAAAGUACUUCUCAUAUACCGUCUACAAAAGAACCUGCCACCAAAACUCAGGGUACUGUCCUCACUGCCUCUCCAUGGGCUAAUGGAUUCUACGGCUCACCUGGUGUAUCCGGCAUGCUACCCGCCGCAUACACCCAUCUAUCCGCCAGAUUUCUAGACAAAGUCGCAGAAGCCCAUCGAACAAACUCAAUUCAGCUACGAGAGUGGCGCCGAGGAACCGUCGGUGAACCCAAUGGCUGGACAUACCAUGCCAAGGGUCUUUGGAUCACGUUACCCGACGACAAAUAUCCAAGUUUGACUUUUGUUGGAAGCAGCAACUACACGAAGCGCAGUUAUAGUCUUGAUCUUGAAGUUGGUGCUCUGGUUGUUACUUCCGACGAAAGGCUGAAAAAGCGUCUGCAUGAGGAGACCGAGUGGCUGCAGGAGAAUUCCCAGCCUGUCUCGAGAGAGGACCUGCGCCGAACGGAACGUAGAGUUGGCUGGAAUGUCCGGCUUGCGAUGUGGAUUGUGGAAAAGGUGGGUGGUGCGCUGUAA